CUCGGCCAUGGUGAUGAGAUGAGGGCAACUGAAAGGUCACUUCCGGUAAACGGUGCAUUUGAUGAUGCAAUCGGACAGGAAACCGGGAAGCCCCUGUAUAUGGGGAGAAGGGGCUUUGCUUACUUUCUUUAUGAUAUUGAUAAAAUAUCAGGAUCCCAGUCAAGAAUUCGUGUGACGGAUAUCCCAGAAACAGCGAUAACCCUGCCAGCCUUUGAAGCAAGUAAUUGUUAUGACUAUCAUGCCUCUCCUGAACACAGCUGCUAUAUUUAUGUUAUUUGUUGAAUAAUCCACUUCCUUAAUUGACUUUGAUGAUUCAUGUUUGAAUAUCUCCUGAACUACUCCCAUGUCAAGUUGAUUGUACUUUUGCCUGCCAAUGAUAACCUCAAAUUGUCAAUGGCUUACCAGAAGUAGGUCAUUUGCAGUUUAUAUAAUACGUUAUCAUUCUUCUAUCAAGAACCCAGAAAAUUUAAUUUACAUUCUACCAGACACUAACCUAGAGAAGAUACCAUUUAUAACUCAAUAUCAACAAGUCUUUGAUUUAUCAAAAUUCAACAUUCCAAACUUAAAACAGACUUCAGCCAAACAGCGCAGACCAGAACUAAAAGUAGCAGACUCUCGCCUAUUCUACACACCACAGUUGGCUCUUUCUUUUAAUAAUAAUACUAGGCAAUUAGAUAUUCAGUAUUCAAUACUGAGAAAAAUAUUUGAGAUCAUUUCUUUAAUUUACCAUAAGAGUCCAUUGUUGUUGUUAGACAUUGGCUGUGGUACAGGUGUAAGUACUGAAAGUUUCACUUCAAAUAAUUGCCAUUUUAUUGGCACUGACAUUAGUAUGUCAAUGCUAUCUAUGGCUGUGAAAAAGAAGUCUUUGAAGAGUUGUGAUUACCUCCAACUUGACCAUAGUUACAGACUUCCCUUUCGCCCAAAUUGUUUUGAUGUUGUCAUCAGUACUUCAUUUUUACAGUGGUUAUUAGUUACAAAAGAUUCAAAAUGCAUUUUAGGAAGAUUUUAUUCUUUUGUUUCUCACAUUUUAAAACCCAAUGGACAUUUUUUGCUCCAGUUCUAUCCAAGGAACAUUUCAGAUAUUCAGCUAGCCUUGACCUUAUCUGUAGAGGUUUUCCGAGGAGCCUUGUUCUCUUGCAGACCACACCCUAAACGAGGACUGAAACUUUUCUUAUUUCUCUAUAAAGAAGAUAAAUAAUAAACAUAUUUUUAAAACAUCAAAAA